UCGCAGGGGCCAAUGGAACGCGGAGUCAGGUUUAUCUUUGGGGCCCUAUAGGGGCGGGGGGGACAGUGUCCUGCCGCGAGCUAGCCGAAAGCCGGAGCUACUCGGAGGCGGCAGUGGCUGUGUUGGCAGCGGCAUCGAGGCCGAGUGGCCUCGAUGAGCGCCAUGAAGGAUGAGAAGGACCACAGGCCUAAGGAGAAGCGAGUCACCCUCGUGGCUCCCUUGGGGGCUACAGGUAGCGGCGCUACGGCUUCGGGGGACAGCGGGAAGGGGGACGACAAACAGGAUCGGAACAAGGAGAAGAAAGAGGCGCUGAGCAAGGUGGUCAUUCGGAGAUUACCUCCCACUUUGACCAAGGAGCAGCUUCUGGAACAUCUUCAACCCUUGCCAGACCAUGAUUAUUUUGAAUUUUUUUCUAAUGAUACUAGUCUGUAUCCUCAUAUGUACUCCAGAGCGUACAUCAACUUGAGAAACCAAGAGGACAUCCUUUUAUUCAGGGAUCGCUUUGAUGGUUAUGUAUUCCUUGACAAUAAAGGUCAGGAAUAUCCUGCUAUAGUAGAAUUUGCACCUUUUCAAAAAGCUGCAAAAAAGAAGAUCAAGAAAAGAGACACCAAAGUUGGGACUAUUGAUGAUGAUCCAGAAUAUAGAAAAUUCUUGGAAACUUAUGCAGCUGAUAAUGAGAAAAUGACAUCUACUCCAGAGACACUGCUAGAGGAAAUAGAAGCAAAAAAUAGAGAACUAAUAGCUAAAAAGACAACCCCACUUUUGAGCUUCCUGAAAAACAAGCAGAGAAUGAGAGAAGAAAAACGAGAAGAAAGGAGGAGACGAGAAAUAGAAAGAAAAAGACAAAGAGAAGAAGAAAGGAGAAAGUGGAAGGAAGAAGAGAAGCGAAAACGGAAAGAUAUCGAAAAGCUAAAGAAGGUAGAAAGAGUUCCAGAAAGGGAAAAAAUUAAGGAUGAGCCAAAGAUUAAGGUACACAGGUUUCUGUUACAAGCUGUGAAUCAGAAAAAUCUGCUCAAGAAACCAGAAAAAGAUGAAAAAGAAAUGGACAGGAGAGAUAAACCUAAGAAGUUGGACAAAGAGAAUCUGAGUGAUGAUAGAGGCAUUGGGGCAGCCUGCGCACUACCCAGACGUUCUGAAAUGGAAUUUAAGGAUGAAAGAUCCAGGAGAAUGGAAGAGGAAAGCAGCAGAGACUACAGGGAAAGGGACCGGGAUUAUGAGCGAGACCAAGACCGUAUUUUUCGGGAACGAGAAAGGCAGAGGCGUCAGGAAGAGGAGCAGCGCCGGAGGCAGAAGGAGCGCUAUGAGAAAGAGAGGGCAUUCAAAAGAAAGGAAGAAGAAAUGAGAAAAGAGAAAGAUGUGCUUCGCGAUAAAGGAAGGAAGGCUGAAGCUACUGAAACUCUGAGCAGCCUAGAAAAAAAUGAGAAGAAAGAAGAAGUGGUUAAGAGAGAUCGCAUAAGGAACAAGGAUCGCCCAGCAAUGCAGCUGUACCAACCAGGAGCUCGAAGCCGAAACCGACUCUGUCCCCCAGAUGACAGCACCAGGCUUGGGGAUUCGGCACUAGAAAAAAAGCAGGAAAGUGGUAUUAGCCAUAGGAAAGAAGGUGGAGAGGAUUGAUAGGUCCAGGUGCCCUUAGGUGUCCUGUCUAGGCAGCCAAAGAGCUAGUAUUAAGCAAUCCAGAAGUGCCUUCAGGGCAAAGGAAUAGAGAGAGAGAGGGAGUCGCUGUGCUGGUGGGGUCCACUGUGGAGGAGUGUGUUUUAUGUCCAUGCAUAACCAGGAACCAGGAUUUAAGGUUUAGACUGGAAGUACAACUUUACUGUGUAUGCAGUUCCUACAAAUCAGUUUCCAAGUGGUGGACAGAGGUGAUGGAGGGUACGUGAGUUACAAUUUGCAGGCCAGGAAGAGGCAAGCGACGGCCUAGUUAGUUAGGACAUAAGGAAACAAGCAAAAAAGGUCUUGUUACCCCUAGGUUGAAUGUUCUCAGAUUCGAGCAGAGCAGCCUUUUGGAAGUCUCAUUCCUGUCAAGUAUAGUCAGGCACUGUUGGGGAUAACUGUUGCCACAGCACGAAUGUCAGUGUAGCACUAAAAUCCAGUGAGGGGUGGAGCAGAUCCUCGCCUGUGUACAUAUUUUAGUCUCCCAUCCCCCGUCUAGAUCCCAGAGUUUCAGGAUUAGUUGUAGCCGCUGCACUUAUAUGAGUUUAGGGUGCAGAGAUAGUCUUUCUCAUUAUCCCCCUUUGGCCUUGGGCAAGAUUUUUAUUGGAUGGGGAAAGCAGAAGCCUUGUCUGAUUCUUGACAACCCAGUCUUUGUUUUAAUCUUAGGUCUCAUGAUCUGGGUGCAAAAGCUCUCCAGUAAGGAAACUGCAACAAGUUCUUGUUCCUGUUCAGUUGCAACUUUCAGUCUUUGUUUUGUAUUGAUGUCAAUAAAUAUCAGCAUCAUUCAAAGAGAAA